AAAAAGAGAAUUGUCAUGCAUAGAAAUGUACAAACCUUAGCUGUGCGUUUUUGACAAAUGGAUACACUCGUGUAAUCUGGAUCACUGCAAUGCAGAAAUGUUUCAUCUUUCCAAAAAUUUUUCUGAUUUUCCUCCCCAGUUAUUCUGGGGGUAAAGGGAUGUUAGCUUUUCUGAUGGAAAAUGCCAAAUAUUUAAUAAACUCCUAUCUAUCCAUCACCCAGGCUCAACAAUUACCAACACAUAUUUAGUCAUGUUUCAGCCCCAUCCAUUCCUCCCCACCGUGAAUUAUUGUGAAGCAAAUCUCAAACAUAAGUACCAUAAAUGUUUCUGUAAGUAUUUUUGAAGGAUAUGAACUCUUUAAAAAAUAAUCAUGAUACCAUUAUGCCUUAAAAAAUUUAGCAUUUCCUUAAUCUGAUUUAACAAGGAUGGAGGAGACAACAGAUUAUUCUUUGUGUAAAUGAUACUUUAAGAAAAACCAAAUGCAUCUUGGUUUGGACAGUGACUUGUAUGAUGAGGUGGUGGUGAGGAUAUUUCAGAUUCUUUUCCCAUACUUUCAUACCCCCUCCUGCUUUGAGAAGACUGUUUCUGACCCAGUAUUUUCCUUGCCCUUAGCUCCAUUACUUACCACAGCCCAGGCGAAACCAGGAGAGACCCAGGAGGAAGAGGCUAACUCAGGAGAGGAGCCAUUUAUUGAAACUCGCCAGGAUGGUGUCUCUCGCAGAGUCAUCCCCCCAGCCAGGAUGAUGUCCACAGAAAGCGCCAACAGCUUCACUCUGAUUGGAGAGGCAUCUGAUGGUGGCACCAUGGAGAACCUCAGCCGAAGACUGAAGGUCACUGGGGACCUUUUUGACAUCAUGUCGGGCCAGACAGAUGUGGAUCACCCACUGUGUGAGGAAUGCACAGAUACUCUUUUAGACCAGCUGGACACUCAGCUCAAUGUCACCGAAAAUGAGUGUCAGAACUACAAACGCUGUUUGGAGAUCCUAGAACAAAUGAAUGAGGACGACAGUGAGCAGCUGCAGAUGGAGCUAAAGGAACUGGCGCUCGAGGAGGAGAGGCUGAUCCAGGAGCUGGAGGAUGUGGAGAAGAACCGUAAGCUCGUGGCAGAAAGUCUCGAGAAGGUUCAGGCUGAGGCUGAGAGACUGGAUCAGGAAGAAGCUCAGUAUCAGAGAGAAUAUAGUGAAUUUAAACGGCAGCAGCUGGAGCUGGAUGAUGAGCUGAAGAGUGUAGAAAACCAGAUGCGUUAUGCCCAGAUGCAGCUGGACAAGCUGAAGAAAACCAACGUCUUCAAUGCAACCUUCCACAUCUGGCACAGUGGACAAUUUGGCACAAUCAAUAACUUCAGACUGGGUCGCCUGCCCAGUGUUCCUGUGGAAUGGAAUGAGAUUAAUGCUGCUUGGGGCCAGACCGUGUUGCUGCUCCAUGCUCUGGCCAAUAAGAUGGGUCUGAAAUUUCAGAGGUAUCGACUUGUUCCUUAUGGAAACCAUUCAUAUCUGGAGUCUCUGACAGACAAAUCUAAGGAGCUGCCGUUAUACUGUUCUGGGGGGUUGCGGUUUUUCUGGGACAACAAGUUUGACCAUGCAAUGGUGGCUUUCCUGGACUGUGUGCAGCAGUUCAAAGAAGAAGUUGAAAAAGGCGAGACACGUUUUUGCCUUCCUUACAGGAUGGAUGUGGAGAAAGGCAAGAUUGAAGACACAGGAGGCAGCGGAGGCUCCUAUUCCAUCAAAACCCAGUUUAACUCUGAGGAACAGUGGACAAAAGCUCUCAAGUUCAUGCUGACGAAUCUUAAGUGGGGUCUUGCUUGGGUAUCCUCACAAUUUUAUAACAAAUGACUUUCUUUUUUUCCUUAGGAGAUAUUUGCCUUAAAGGCUUUAAAUUUUGUUUUGUUUGCAAAAAUGUUUUAAAUUAAAUUUGGGUAAUAUUAAACAGCACAUGUUUACAAUACCAAAAAAGAAAAAAUCCACAACAGCCACUUUAUUUAAAAUAUCAUAUGACAGAUAGCUACAACAUGCCAUAUAUAGCCGCCAGUCCUUUGACUCUUAACCCCAUGCCGUCCUUUCCCUUUCUCCCAUGAAAACAACUAAUUUAAGUUUGCUUUGUUUUUUCUUAACUUAGUUGAAUUGAGAUCGAUGUUUUCUCACUGGAUUUUAUCUCUCUCAACUUCCUGUGCUUACAAUAUGAAAUAGAAACUUUUGUCUCCACUGAGACGGCGAUAUGUUUGAGGCGCAUAGUUGGAUAAUGUGGGAAAAUGACAUCUAAGCUUUGCCUGGUUGGCAUGUGAUGUGUUCAGAAACUUGAAAUUCAACACUUCUCACUUGGUUUUAGUGCCGAAUGCCUACUCUGCUCUGUGGUAGAGAUAUGAAAUGGUGUUUGAUACUACUUGAGACCUUAUGGAGAGAUUUAAUUAUUUGUAAUAAAAGAUUUGCUAGAGUCUGA